AUGACGUACGACGCAUCAGUGUGCAUCGCCGCACACUCAUGCGUCACAUACGCAGACGGGACAGAGGGCGCUAACGGCGUUAACGUACCGCAGGCUGUGUGGAUUAAGCACGGGUCCAUUCACCUUGGAUUGGCUGGACGUUUGCAGGUGGCAGCACCAGUCCCGGCAAUGUCGCUGAGCAGCUGUCUGGGGGCGGCGCGCCGCGGCCUGGCGCCGGCGCUCUGGCGCCGCCUGCUGUCGACGUCGGCGACGCGGCCAGCCCAGUUUUUUGACUCUCCGGACGAGGCGGUGCGCGAUGUGCCGUCCGGGGCGCGCCUGCUGGUGGGCGGCUUCGGCCUGUGCGGCAUCCCCGAGACGCUGAUCGGUGCCCUGCUGCGCGCUGACGGCCGCGACUACACCGUCGUCAGCAACAACGCCGGCGUCGACAACUUCGGGCUGGGCCUGCUGCUGCAGCAGCGCAAGAUCAAGCGCAUGAUCGCCUCGUACGUGGGCGAGAACGGCGAGUUCGAGCGGCAGUACCUGAGCGGAGAGCUGGAGGUGGAGCUAACGCCGCAGGGUACGCUGGCCGAGCGGAUCCGCGCGGGCGGCGCCGGCGUGCCCGCCUUCUUCACGCCCACCGCGUACGGCACGCUCGUGCACGAGGGCGGCGCGCCGAUCCGCUACAGCGCCGACGGCGGCGUCGCCGAGCAGAGCCCAACCAAGGAGUCGCGCGUCUUCAACGGGCGCCACUUCAUCAUGGAGGAGGCCAUCACCGGCGACUUCGCGCUGGUCAAGGCGUGGAAGGCCGACCGCGCCGGCAACCUGGUUUUCCGCAAGACGGCGCGCAACUUCAACCCGGCCAUGUGCCGCGCGGGCCGCAUCACCAUCGCCGAGGUGGAGGAGGUGGUCGAGAACGGCACCAUCCCUCCGGAGGAUGUGCACAUCCCCAGCGUGUACGUGCAGCGCGUCGUGUCGGGCGGCACUUACGAGAAGCGCAUUGAGCGGCUCACGCUGCGCAAGCGGCGCACCGCCUCGGCCGCCGCGCUGACGCCGGCCGCGCAGAUGCGCGAGCGCAUCGUGCGUCGCGCGGCACUCGAGUUCCGCGACGGCAUGUACGCCAACCUGGGCAUCGGCAUGCCUAUGCUAGCCAGCAACUACAUUCCUGCCGGCAUGACGGUGCACCUGCAGUCAGAGAACGGCGUGCUGGGACUGGGGCCGUUCCCGGAGGAAGGCCAGCAGGACCCGGACCUCAUCAACGCGGGUAAGGAGACAGUCACCGUGCUGCCGGGCGCCAGCUACUUCUCCAGCGACGACAGCUUCGCCAUGAUCCGCGGCGGCCACAUCGACCUCACCAUCCUGGGCGGUAUGCAGGUGUCGAGCCGCGGCGACCUCGCCAACUGGAUGAUCCCCGGCAAAAUGGUCAAGGGCAUGGGCGGAGCCAUGGACUUGGUGUCAGCGCACGGCACCAAGGUGGUCGUCACCAUGGAGCACGUGGCCAAGGGCGGCCGCCACAAGAUCCUGACCAACUGCUCGCUGCCGCUUACCGGCAAGGGGUGCGUCGACAUGAUCAUCACCGACCUGUGUGUGUUUGAGAUCGACCCAGAGGAGGGCCUGACGCUCACCGAGCUGGCGGAGGGCACCACCGUCCAGCAGGUGGUCGAGAACACCGGCUGCGAGUUCAAGGUUGCAGACAACCUGAAGCCCAUGGGCCAGGUGGAGGUGCCCGAGUGAGGGACUCGAGCGUGCGUCACGUGAUGCGGGCUGUUGUGCGGUGCGGGCAGCCGUAUCGGGGCCGGCCGACUUGCUGGCGUCGGCGACUCCAGGCGGUGGUUGGAGCCGCGUGUAACUGAGGUGGUGGUCCGGCGGCAGUGCGGUCCUGCGCGCGCCCCGCUGUCGCUGGUAAGUGCAAUAGCGAAAGUGAAGCGCGACGCGUGUACCCGUCAUGAGAACCUGUUAGUUUGGGGCGCUUCCGUGGCCAGCAUAGUUAGGCGGUAAUUUAGCCUCGUGUUUCGCAUGUAAUUUUGUUUUCGUACAAUUUCCCGUGAGACCUCGGAUGCGUAUGACAUGCCCUGCAUGUGUGCUCCGCUUGAUGUGGCAUACGUGUCUGAAUCUUACGCCAGCCGGAGAAGUGACGGCCGAGAUGCAAAGAUACCGGCUGUGGACGGCUUCGUAGCGCAGCGUUUUGGCCGCGGGACGGGCUGGAGAUUGUUUGCGCGGGCGAGUAUCGUUUCGGAAGUUUGAGGUGCCCAAGGAAAGUGGAAGCGACUGAUGCGGACAAAAAGACAAGCAGGCAGAACGCCAAGAAGUAAAAGCGAGUUGAAUGGUGCUGGUCCUGACAUGGUGAUAUAAGCCGCUUUGUGUUUUGAAUGUGUGUCUGAUGGAAGUAGGAUAACUACAUGUGAUCGAUUUUUAACAAAGUUUUCGCAGCAGCA